UUAUCGCAUUCGCAACGAACGGCCACACUCCUCGCCAGAAUUCGUAUUCAUUGCAAUUAAAAUUUCACUUUAAUUCCUACGUGUCUCGACUUAGUUGGCAAUAUGGUCGACAAUUUGGAGCCGCUGGAGCCCAGCCUGCAGAAUCUCAUCGAGCAGGACUCGUUGAAGUGGAUCUUCGUGGGCGGAAAGGGCGGCGUGGGCAAGACGACCUGCAGCUCCAGCUUGGCCGUUCAGCUGUCGAAAGUGCGCGAAUCGGUGCUGAUUAUAUCCACCGAUCCGGCACACAACAUAUCGGAUGCAUUCGACCAAAAGUUCACCAAGGUGCCCACAAAGGUCAAUGGUUUUGACAACCUGUUCGCCAUGGAAAUCGACCCAAACGCUGGACUCAACGAGCUGCCCGAGGAAUACUUUGAGGGCGACAACGAGGCGCUGCGCGUGAGCAAGGGCGUCAUGCAGGAGAUGAUCAACGCCCUGCCCGGCAUCGACGAGGCCAUGAGCUACGCGGAGGUGAUGAAGCUGGUGAAGGGCAUGAACUUCUCGGUGGUGGUGUUCGACACGGCGCCCACGGGGCACACGCUGCGCCUGAUUGCAUUCCCCCAGGUGGUGGAGAAGGGACUCGGCAAGCUGCUGCGACUCAAGAUGAAGGUGGCGCCGCUGCUAUCACAGUUCGUCUCCAUGCUGGGCAUGGCCGAUGUGAACGCGGACACGCUCUCCCAGAAGCUGGACGACAUGCUGCGCGUGAUCAGCCAGGUCAACGAGCAGUUCAAGAAUCCAGAUCAAACCACUUUCGUCUGCGUCUGCAUUGCCGAGUUCUUCUCGCUGUACGAGACAGAACGCCUGGUCCAGGAGCUGACCAAGUGCGGCAUCGACGUCCACAACAUCAUUGUGAACCAGCUGCUGUUCCUGCAGAACUCCCACGACUCGUGCAGCAUGUGUGCCUCCCGCUUCAAGAUCCAGGAGAAGUACCUGGACCAGAUCGCCGACCUGUACGAAGACUUCCACGUGACCAAGCUGCCGCUGCUCGAGAAGGAGGUGCGUGGUCCGGAGAGCAUCCGGGCGUUCUCCGAGAACCUAAUGAAGCCCUACAAGCCGAAGGAGAAGCCCAAGGAGUAGGGUAGCCCGUCCAUCCGUUUGUAAGUUUCUUCCCCUUUAGUUUGUGUGAACAGGAAGUGCGUGAAAUAAAUUUGAGUUGAGGCAGCGAUCCCCGCAGGGAUCGACUCCUACGUAUAAUGUGAA